AUGGUAGCCGAAAACUCUGUGAUAUGUCUGUUAGGGGUCAUGGAUCGACUCUGGUUUCACCAAAUUAUUCUUUUCGCAGAACCGUCAUUAUUCCCCAUCCCUAAAACCCCCGAAACUCUCUUGCCUACGCCCAGAAAUAACUCUGAAACAUCGUUAAGCAUUGAUCAAGAAUCCUUAGUCAUAUCAGAAACUGCUGUUCCAAAGGAUGAGAUCAGCAGCCCAGAAAGUGAGAGUGAAACGAUGUCCAAACAAAGACAGACAAGGUUAUGGAAUGUUAUGGAUUCGACCAAGCCUCGUUCAUCUUCAACGUCUGCUGAAAAAUAUUGGAAAAAUCUCAGUUGCCUCGGAUCUAUAAGAAGAUUGCAGAAAACUGUGAGCUGCAAGAGCUUGGAAGAGCUUGAACUUGAAGAAGCGAAGGGAUUCAUGGACUUGGGCUUCGUUUUUGAGAAAGAAAGGGUAAGCAAGAGGAUGAUGAGUUUAAUACCAGCGUUGCAAAGGCUUGAAAAACAAAAAUAUGAAGAGAAAGAUGUAUAUGAUGAUCAUGAACACGAUGAUGAAAAUGAAAAUGACAAUGAAGAUGAUGAGAGUAGAGGUAUAAUGAGGCCUUAUUUAUCGGAGUCGUGGCUAAUCAGGAGACCUGAUUCUCCAUUACUGAACCUGAGGGUUCCUAGAACUUCUACAGCUGCUGACAUGAAGAAAUAUCUCAAAUACUGGGCUCGAACAGUUGCAUCGUCCAUUCAGCAAGAAUGUUGA